GAAAGUCCUGACCACAUUCAAACAAAUUAUUUUGACAGUAAGACAGAACGUUAUCAGCUUUUCUUGCUUCGUUUACAUGUCAGGAAUUUUCACCUCUUUCAGAAUUCCUGAAAUACAUGUGAUAUACAGUAGAGAUGAGAAAGUUCUAAACUUUAUCUUGGCUCCUCCUGAAGACCUUGCUCCAUAGGGGAAGAAAUGGAAUCCAAGAUAGGGAGCCCCGGGACACCUAGGGAAAUCAAAUAGCAUCAGAUUUUAAAUAUCAUUACCGACAUGAACACAUUUUAUGUCCUUUCAAGUGUUAUAUAAAUUCAAAAGGUUUUUAAUAUAAUUAUCAUUUUACUUAUAACAUUGCUGAUUUCAUAACCCUCCAUCUACUACAUGAAAACUUCAAAAGUUCAAAGAUAAUAUAUCUUAAAAUAUAUGCUGGCUAUUUUCUCUUCCUGAGAUUACUGUUGUUCAGGUGCUAAAUCAUGCCCUGCUCUUUGAGAUCCCAUGGACUGUAGCCGGCCAGGCCCCUCUGUCCAUGGGAUUCCCCAGGCAAGAAUACUGGAGUGGGUUGCCUUCUCCAGGGGAUCUUCCCGAGCCAGGGGUUGAACCAGCAUUUUCUGCACUGCAGGCAGAUUCUUUAAUGCUGCACCCCAAGCACAGAAUAAGGGUUAGUGAUAAGAAAGAAAAGCCAAGAACACACAACCACUGCCUGCUCUCAGCACAAAGCUGCCUCUGACCCAUCCGUGUUCACUUUCUCCUACCUGAGACCGAAGAUGCCUGUACCUGCUGCUGGCGACUUGUUUCACAUGCCUGGCUUCUGCCACUGCCAUUCACACUGCAUUUCCAAGGACCAGUCCCCACUUAGCUGUUCACCCUGCUUGGUUUGUCCUUCUAAAAAAGGGGCUUCCAAAUGUCAACUACCAAUUGGCACUUACCAAGAACAUUGCCAACAACUGAACAGCAAAGGCAUUUGCCAUCUGCCUCCAUGGAGAUUGAACCCCAUGCUGCUAUAGCUGUUGACCUUCAACAACCCCUGAGGGAGUUAAGGGUGGAGUGAGGCACUCUGUGCUCCAGGGAAUCUGGUGGGACAUGUCUUUAAAUAGUUGGAUGCUUUUAGGAACAGAUUUUAUGAUCUCAAUCUUUGCAUCUCCUCCUAUCUAGAGAAGCGUCAAAUCCCUUCAUGGUGACAUCAGAUCCUCAUGACUAACAAAAAACCUUCUGUAAAAUGAGUGCUUCGCUUCCUAACCACUGAGGCUGGCUUAAGGGGCCGCUCUUGCCCCGUCGAAGGUCUGGUUCAUUGCACUUCAGUGUCCCAGGCGCCGCCCCGUCCCGAGGAGGGAACCAUGACACAGGUUGUGUGCCCUGGCCCAGCCCCUCCAGCCCUCUGCCACCCCUGAUGCAACCAUGGGCUCUGGCAGUGACUAGGUGGGCACCCUCUGCCCCUGGGGGUCAACGGCAAUUCCCUGCAGGACCCAGCAGCAGCCCGGGCCAGUUCUGGGGAAGCCCCAGCCGCGAGGGCCCCCUGGCCAGCCCGCCUGCCCAGGAUGAGCGCUUCCCCUCCCAGCAGCUGCCGCCCCGACCAGCACACCUCCCCGUAGAGGAGCACCGAGCCUCAGCUCCCGCCGGCGGGAGCCCCCGAAUGCUGCACCCAGCCUCCCAGCAGAGCCCGUUCAUGUUUGAUCUCCACGAGCAGGUGCACCAGGGACCUGUCCCUCUGUCCUACACAGUCACCACGGUGACCACCCAAGGCUUCCCCUUGCCUACAGGCCAGCACAUCCCUGGCUGCAGCACUCAGCAGCUCCCAGCAUGCUCCGUGAUGUUCAGCGGGCAGCACUACCCUCUCUGCUGCCUCCCGCCCCAGCAGCUGAUCCAGGCGUGCACCAUGCAGCAGCUCCCGGUGCCCUACCAGGCCUACCCCCACCUCAUCUCCAGUGACCACUACAUCCUGCACCCCGCGCCGCCGGCCCCGCACCCCCAGCCUGCUCACAUGGCGCCUCUUGGGCAGUUUGUGUCCCUGCAGACACAGCACCCACGCAUGCCCCUGCAGCGCCUCGACAAUGACGUGGAUCUCCGGGGGGAUCAGCACCCCCUGGGGAGCUUCACCUACUCCACCUCGGCCCCCGGCCCUCCCCUGUCCGUGCCCAUGCACUACCUGCCCCACGACACCCUGCACCACGAGCUGUCCUUCGGUGCGCCAUAUUCCCACGUGAUGCCUCGGAGACUGAGCACCCAGAGAUACCGCCUGCAACAGCCGCUCCCCUCGCCGCCUCCCCCACCACCGUACUACCCCAGCUUCCUGCCCGACUUCCUCUCGAUGCUGCCGAUGUCACCAACAGCAAUGGGGCCCAUCAGCCUGGAUCUUGAUGUGGAUGACGUGGAGAUGGAGAACUAUGAGGCUCUCCUGAAUCUGGCCGAGCGGCUGGGAGAUGCCAAACCCCGUGGCCUCACCAAAGCGGACAUCGAGCAGCUUCCAUCAUACCGCUUUCACCCGGACAGUCACCAGUCGGAGCAGACGCUGUGUGUCGUCUGCUUCAGUGAUUUCGAGGCGCGGCAGCUGCUCCGGGUCCUCCCCUGCAACCAUGAGUUCCACACCAAGUGUGUCGACAAGUGAUUGAAGGCCAACCGGACGUGUCCCAUUUGCCGGGCCGACGCUUCCGAGGUGCCCAGGGAGGCUGAGUGAGGCCCCACAGCCGCCCCGGAGAACCCUGCCCAAAGCUCUGGAAACUCGGGGGGUGCCCAGAGAGGGCGUGGUCCCGGCCUGCCCUGCCGUUCCUGCCUGCCUCUCCAGAGCUGCUGUCAGGGUCAGCCCGAGAGAAGCCCCUGCAAUAAGCCCCUGCAUUUGCCAAGCUCCAAAGACUCCUUCCCCAUCUGCCCACCCGUCUGCCCACCAGGGAGCAGCCUGAGCGUCCGUAACUCAGUCUCUCUCCUGUUUGCCCUCGGGUCUGUCUCCUUUUCCUGCCAGCACUGGGAGCCAGGGUCCAUUCCCUUAGUGUGGCCGGUGGAGAUCGUUGGCCCCAAGAUGGGCAAAGGUGGAGCUGUCCGGGUCGCCUGGUCUCUUGCCCUGAAGUGGCAUGCCCUCUGUGCAGGUGGCACAGACAGGCGUGGACAGGUGGUGGCAGGAAGCCAAGUGGGUCCUUCCGCCCUGACCCUCGGCUGACUCAGGCAGCCAGGCUGCUGUGAGGGUGGGGCUGGCUCCCUAGAGGGCCCUCAGCCCAGGCACAACAUUCCGGCCACGAGCCCAGGCUGGGGAGCAUCAGAGCCAGCAUCCCAAGCAGGCGGGAGGCAGGCUCUGGGCUGCGGCAGAUGGGCCCUCUGAGAGGGCCUGGGCCAGGCCGGGGAGAGCGACCUCCUGUGUUGCGGGUGGCUGCCCUCCCUGGCAGUGACGGUGCCCAGACCCGUGCCCGAUCUCCCCUUUCUGUCGUUUUGCAUGAACGUGAGGAGC